UUGCAAAGCAAAUUGCAAAGUAAAGGACCCCUCAAACUCCAAGACCUUCUAAAGCCAGGGAGUUUAAACUCACUCUCAAACUUGGGGAACCCCAAAUUCAAGGGCCUUUGGAUCUCCAAAUGUGCAACCUUUUGAACCCAGGGAUCCCAAACUCAAUCCCUGAGCCCCUGCUUCCUGGUUCACCCUCAGCCUUCUCAGGAUGUCCCCUCUGCUCCCUGCAGACCUGCUGCCCACUGUGCGGAUAGUGGCCGGAGUGGCCGCUGCCACCACGACUCUCCUUAUGGUCAUCACUGGGGUGGCCCUCUGCUGCUGGUGCCACGGCAAGGCCUCAGCCUCUUUCUCCGAGCAAAAUAACCUGAUGCGAAUCCCCGCAGUUUGCGAGGCCCUGAAGAGGAGGAGACAGGCCGCUGCAAGGACCGGGUAGGAUGCCAGGGUCUCCAGACCCGACUGUGCCUUUAGACCCAAAUAGUAGCCCAGUCCCAAGAGGGCCCCCACAUUCAAACAGGACUCUAAGGCCAGGCAUGGUGCCUGACGUUGGUAAUACCACUUUGGGAGGUGGAGACACAAGGAUCACUUAAG